GAAGUCUACCGGAAGCAUCGGUCAAAGCGCAUCUGAGAACACGUGAAAUUCAACUUCGUUCGAAAUUCGCUAAUAGAAGAAAACUCUUCAAUGCUUUUUUAUUUACUUAAAUAAGUAAGAGAAAAAGGAACAUGCCUACAAAAUUAGGAGACGUUACAACAGAAGAUUCUACUCGUCCAGAGUCAAGCGAAACAAGUAUUAAAAGUGGAUCAGCCCCAAGUGAAAAUACUACAAAAGAAGUUGAGAAAGAAGUUGCUGAAAAUGGUAGCCAGAUUGAAGAAUCGAACAAUGCUGCAGCUGUUAACCCUGAUGAAAAUCAUGAAGGAAUUCAACAAAACAACAUAUUUGACGAGGUCACUCUCGAUUUAGUAGUUGAGUUGCCAAAUUCUGAAAGAGUUGAACUGAAGCUUGCUCCAUCUGAACUAAUUCAAUCUCUAGCCCAAUUGCUUCAAGAGCGGGAAGACUGUUGCGCAAAAACUUGUUUUUCUUUGAAAUUAGAUGGUACAACUCUAGACGUAUUUUCUGAAGUAAGAUCAAUUGAAAAUUUAACGGAAAAUAGCGUGAUCAAGUUUGUUGAAGAACCAUACAAUACAAGAGAAGCAAAAACCCACUUUCGUCAUACAAGGGACUUGUUGAAAUCUGUUGAAAGUAUCGAUGCCUAUCAAGGUGUUGAUGGUCAAUCUUUGUCAUUUAUGAAUGUUGUUGCCCGCGGAUGUUGUAUAGGAUCAGCUGAAAAUGGAUUUGCCCGUGAGAGUGACUGCAGUCCUCCAGAAUAUUUAACUCCAGAAACGAAUCUAAAGCAACUUAAACUUCUCCCUUUGCAUCCCAAUGUUUCUGAUAGUGGCGAAUAUAAACGAUGUGUUCCGGAGUGUGUGAAAGUUCUUACUCUAAGUGGGUGGAAUCCUCCACCACCUAAUCGAAGAUUUCAUGGUGACAUUAUGUAUAUUCAUGUUGUAACUAUGGAAAAUAAAAAGAUCAGCAUUACGGCAAGUACAAGAGGCUUCUAUGUAAAUAAAUCGACGGAGGAAGUUUUCGAUCCAAAACCUGACAAUCCAAAAUAUCUCAAUCACUGCUUAGUGGAUACCCUUUCACAAAUAAGUCCUAUUUUCAAGAAAAAUUAUGCUCAAAUCAUGCGUUUUAGGAAAUUAAUGCACCCUUUUGAAAAAAUGGUUACACCUCAUCAAGUACACUCUUGGUUAUCUCCUCAGCUACCAAUCUUUUACGAUCAUAUGAGAGGCGAAGACGCUUUUUCAACUCGAUACCCACUGGAAGACCAUCUACCUGGUCAGGCUCGAGACUGGAAUGAAGAACUUCAAACAACCAAAGAUAUGCCAAGUGAAAAUCUAGAACAAACGAUAAUUAGAGAGCGUUCGAUAUUUAAAGCCUACUCAGACUUUACAUCUGUGUCUGUUCGUGGAGCAAUGGCAGUAUUAGAUGGAAAUAUCCUGGCUAUAAAUCAAAGUGAAGAGUCCAAAAAUAGAAUGUUUCUGUGGAGUAAUCUAUUUUUAAGUUUGGGAUAUGAUGUCAAAGAACAUUAUGCUGCUUUUGGAGGAGACACAGCAGCUCACGCAGCCCCCUCGGCCGAUUUGGCAGCUGUUAAUGCCGUUUUACAAUCCAACAUUGAAGGGGUCUAUACGCUUGGGACAACGGUUGUCGACUAUAAAGGUCAGAGAGUGGCUGUUCAAAGUAUUGUUCCUGGAAUAUUAGAGAAAGAUCAGGAGCAUUCUGUGGUGUAUGGAUCGUUCGACUUUGGAAACACUAUUCGUUCAUCAGAUUCGACUUACGUCGAAAUUAUGAAAAAUUUGGGAAAAGAAUUAGAUAUUAGACCAAAUACUGUCCUUGAUGCUUCUGGCGAAGAACAUUUAUUGUACUCUGCUGUUGAAUGUAAAGGAAUAAUUGGUAAUGAUAGAAGACCAUAUAUUAUCGAUUUGUUAACCUUGUUUCCUAAGGACCCAAAUUUCAUUGGAGAUUUGGAGAAAAAAUAUAUUUCAAAAACCAUGACUAGUUACAAAUUACCCAGAGAUUUUCGACAUAAAUUUUGCUUUUUCCGACGCGAAUUUUGGAGAUUAUUUAAAGAUUCCCGUUUUAAAUUUUUCCUAAUUUCUGUUAAAGGAAAAAUUCAUCCUAAUUUCCAACGGGAGAUUGUUAAACAAAUUAUUCUUGAGACUUUUGCUGAUGAUGACUUCAAACAGGAUAUGAUAAAACAAUUGGAAAUUAUUCUAGGACCAGAAACUGAAUGUGAAAGUGAUGUAUCAACAACUCUUGAAGAAGAGCAAAAGAAAGUAAUAGAAAUACUUGAUGAGCUUGGCUCUCUUGACCAGAAUCGCCUCAAUUUUUCUGUUAAUCCGAAUACGUUCCAUUCGAAUGUUCAAGCUCCCGAAGAGGAAGCGGAAAAUUUGGAAAAAGAUAAACGAUUACUUUUGAAAGCUGCUGAAUUUAUGUUGACAAGCACAAUACCAGCAUUUAUCAUGGGAUUCGUUGAUCAAUCUCAAGGAGUUGUUGAUGGAUUUAUGCUUAGAAACAAGAUGCAUGAGUCAGGAAUAAAUAUGAGAUAUCUCGGAAUUGUAACAAAGGCGUUUAAGAGAAAUAAAUUCAUGUUCCCGAUCUGCAUUGCGUCAUUGAUCAAUAGAGCUGCUAAACAUGUAUAUAGAGAAUAUGUUCAGAACAUUCAACAGCAUCAUAUGGGUGGCGCGAUUGCUCAUUUCUUAAAUUGUUUCUUGUCGCAUGCUACUUUCAACGCGAUGAACUUAGUCGAUUCCGAUGAACUGCAACCCCGGAAGAAAAAAUGGAAUAAAAAGAAGGGAAAGCGUCCUCAGUCAAAUGGAGAAACUCCAAAAGAUAUUGAAUGGACUGGUGAAACCGCUAAUUCUAUCUGGACUAAAAUCAUCGAAGAUAUUCAAAUGUGCUACUAUUUUAAAAUGGGAACCACUGAUCUUGAUUCAACCGUUAAAAAAUACAAAUUAAGCAAGCUCAGUCUAUUACGAGCUUUUUGCAAGGCAAAUGGUAUCCAACUGCAUCUCAGGGAAUAUCAGUUUGAAUCAAGCAAAACUGCUAAACCAUCUUUUUAUGAGGAAGACAUUAUUGGACAAUUUCCUAUUGUCAAAGCUUGUGAACCAAAAUGUGGUCCAGCCUAUAGGUUGCUUGAAUUAGGACGUAAAGCUUUAAAUAGUAACCAAAUACCAAUCGCUUUUAAGCAUGUUCAAGGUGCACUUUCGAUGUUUAAUAACACUUACGGCUUCCUUCAUCCAGACAUUGCUUCUUGUUGUCGUCUUCUGGCAAAAAUGUUUUACGUUCUUGCCGAUUUCACAGAAGCUAUAAAUAUGCAGGAGAGGGCUACUCUUAUUACUGAAAGAGUUUUAGGAGUUGAUCAUGCUGAUCUUGUUAUGGAUUUCCUUCUUUUGGGAUUAUUCUAUUUUGCACAUGAUAAGUUGGCUAGUUGUUUACGCUGCAUUUAUAGGGCUCGCCACUUAUUUUUAGUCGCUAAUCCUGGAGGAGAAAACCAUCCUCAAUUGGCUCUGAUUGAUUUAAACAUUGGAAUUAUAUUAUACCAUUUGGCCGAGUAUGACUACUCUUUGAGAUAUUUGAGAAGUGCAAAAACAGCUUAUGAGGUAUUACAGAACCAACGUCUCAAAAUUGCUCUUAGCACACACCUUAUGUCUAAGUGCUAUGCAUCUCAAGCUGACUUCCGUCAAGCUCUGCAACUUGAAAGAGACACGUAUGAAAUUUAUAACGAUAUACUGACUGAAAAGAAUCAGAGAACAAUUGAAUCCAAGGAAUGUGUAAAUCUUCUAACCGAAAUGGCUGUUAAAUUUGAAAAAUUCAUUAGGGAACAGGACAAAGCAACUGAACCAGGUGUUGCUCAAGAGUUUUUGAAAACUUUUGCUAUUCAACUACAACCAACCACUCCAUGGACUAUGGAAACCUUAAAUAUGGCUAACGGAAUGAUGUUUAUGCGUAUAGAAUACGAAAAUUUAGAAAACUUACGCACAGUGAUUAGAAAAAAAAGCGAUCUUUUCCAAAAUCUCACUGUCUUUAAUGUGAUACCAGAUAAUGAAAAAGAAAAAGUUACUACUGAAGAUAAAGAGAAAGUACAAAAUGUAGAAAAAGCCGAAAAAAUAGAAAAUUCAGAAAAAAUGGAAGUAAAAAUUGAGGCUUAA